UUCCCAAACCAUAUAUUCUCCACUCCACACGCUCCAUCCUUCAUAAAACAACAGCCUAAUGAUCAAUCAAACACUAUAGUUCAAGCUAGCUACAAUGGCCAACCCGCCAACGAUACAAUCCCGGCCAAGACACCCCCUCCUACUGAGAGUCAUUGCCAUGGUGAUCCUAUCCCUAAUAGUCCUUGUGGGCAUUGCCGUGCUCAUCACAUGGCUAGUCAUCAAGCCCAAACGCCUUGUCUACACAGUUGAAGACGCCUCGAUCCAUGGCUUCAACCUCACCAAUGACCAUCUCAAUGCCGACUUGGUCAUUCUCCUUAGGUCAUACAAUCCCAACUCUAGGGUCUCCAUCUACUACGACUCCAUGGAGGUGUCGGUGGCCUAUGACGACCAAGCGGUGGCGUUCCAAGCAGUCGAGCCUUUCUUCCAAGGCCAUCGAAACGUGACACGGUUGGAGUUGAUGCUCCCGGUGCGGUCUGCAUUGCUGUCGAAGUCGGCAGCGAAGGACCUGGCGCUCGAGAAGUCCGCCAAGGAGAUUGAAUUGGAUGUUCAUGUUAAGGCAAGGAUACGGUACAAGGUGGGAGGCUGGAAGUCCAGGGAUCGGGCCCUAAGGAUGGAGUGUUCCCCAGUGCUGGUUCAUCCUUCUUCAUCCAAGAAUUUCGAGAGGACAUACUGUGAUCUAGACCUUUAAUGGAUUUGUAUGGAAUAUAUCCUUCGUGUUUUUAUUUCUUUCUUCAUCCAAGAAUCUCGAGAGGACAUAAUGUGAUCUAGACCUUUCGAUGUGUAUGGAAUAUAUCCUUGUCGUGUUUUUAUUUUUCUCCUUUAUUGUUUUUCCCCGUAGCAAUCUUAAUUGAAUAUGCACCUAUGCAUGGUUUUCAUACUUGAUUGCUACUUCUUCUGAUCCCUACAACCCUUGUAUCCUUAUCAUUAUUUUUUUUUUAAACUUAAUUUUCCCUGGUGGAAUGGUUUGGUGAUCAUGUAUCCUUGUGCUUUUGUGGCAGUGUUUGGGAUUGUACUUGACAAAUUAAUUAAUGAUUUCAUCAAUAUUCAAGGCGCUUUGCCUUAGCAGAUCU